UUCAAAUUGUAUUGUUUUGCUUUUGUUUGGUAGCCGAGAAAGUUCAAGAGAUAAUAAAAGGGAAAGAAAGAUUAUGUCCGUCGUAUUUUGGAUCUCAUGCUUACACUUGCCCAAUCCAGCCUUUUCGCUUCUCUGUUUCCAUAUAUUCAUUCCGCCACUAUCUUACUUGGCUCGAGUUUGAACGACUGUCGAGAAUGUGUUAGAUUAGGGUUUCAUUACCGAAAGGCGUAGAUCGAGGGAAAAUGGAUAAGCUCAAAUUGGCUCAAUGGGGAGAACGGUUGCGCACUGGCGGGGCUCAGAUGAGUCGGGUUGUAGGUGAUAAGGUGAAGGAAAUUCUGCAGGCACCGACCCCGGAAUCAAAGAUGGUCGACGAGGCCACAUCCGAGAUACUGGCGGAGCCGAAUUGGGGAUUGAAUCUGAGGAUAUGUGCUCUGAUAAACAGUGACGAAUUUAAUAGUGCAGACGUUGUGAGGGCAAUAAAAAGGAAGCUUUCUGGGAGGAGUGAAGUCAGCCAGAGGUUGAGCCUUGACCUGCUCGAGGCAUGUACUAUGAAUUGCGAGAAAGUUUUCUCUGCAGUUGCUUCAGAGAAGGCCUUGGAUGAGAUGAUGAAGUUGAUUGACAAUCCUCUGUCUGAUCCUGGGAGCCGGAAUAGUGCUCACCAGUUGAUUGCAGCUUGGGGGGAAUCUGAGGAUCUUGAGUAUCUGCCUGUUUUUCGACAAACUUACAUGGUAAGCUUGAAAGAAAGAAGUAUGUUAGCUGAUGGAAAUGCACCUCCGAUGCAGUACUCCCUUGAGUCGUUUCUUGAUCACCAGCCUCUAUCUGCUCAUGGAAGCUAUCCUGUUCCUGAUUCAGGAGUGCCCCCUGGUUUUGAGCGUGCCACCUUCCCACAGAACUACCACGGCCUAUCAGUUGAGGAAAAGGGUGAAGUUAUUGUAACAACUAGGAAUAGUCUCGAACUUCUCUCUAGCAUUUUAAAUGCAGAAACAGAGCCAAAACCCAUCCAGGUCAGAGCUUUAUUUUAUUAUUGAAUGUGUCUCAUAUAUGUUUCACAACCUUCUACUGUUCCGAUUUUCCAGUUGCAACUCUAAUUCACUGGAGGAGCUAACAGCGAGCUUAUUCGAAAAGUGCAAACAUUCACAGCCCGUUGUGCAAAGGCUUAUUGAGAGCACCACUGAUGAUGAGGCUAUGUUGUUUGAGGCCCUCAAUCUCCACGACGAACUCGAGCGAGUCAUCUCCCAAUAUAACGAUCUGGAAGCUGGCUUAAAAUGCGCCGAGCAGUCUUCUAAAACUCCUGAAAGUUCUUUGAAGCCUGAUCCGGCUGUUAUUACUGUGAAUCAGGACACUGCCAUGUUACUAGAUCUGCCAGAUAGUGGGACAGUACCGCCGAAUCAAGCAGAUGUGAGAGAACCAUGAUCGACUUCAAAACUAGAACUGAGUUGGCCGUUGCUGGCUUUUAACUUACAAGACUGUAAUAGUAGCAGUGAUAGCAAUAAGAAGGUGUCUUAGUUUACUUGAGAGGUUUGGAUGUAAUUAAGGAUCCACAUUUGCAUUAGCGUUUUUGGUAGUAAAUAAUGUUGGUGAAACUCUUAUUUUCCAUUGAAUAAAUGUGUCGUCCCCUCAUGAUCCCGGAAAAGAAAAA